UCAAUCAAUCCAGAAGUUGAGACAUACAAAAGACCAAAGAACAAAAUAAUACAGAUAAAAUAAAAUACAACAAACUAAAUUUACAUCUGUGCACAUCAUCCUGUUCAGUACCACAUCAUUAUUGUGCACUAUUUAGUAAACGAACAUGUGGCCUUUGGUCAAAAACAAAUAGACUACACCUCUGGUCAAAGCUCACUUCCUCACUUUCAGCAUGUUUGCUAAUCUAUAUGAUAAAUCAGUGCUAAUUCUGUGUAUUUAGGGUGUUUUUAGUAGCCGAGUCUUUGAUAGCUCUGCGGUAACACAAACCAGCGCACUUGAGUCUCCUGUUACAGUAGCAAGUAAGUGCCCUGACUAAGGAUAUGCAUAUCUAGCAUAGUGUAAGUGUGUAAAAGUUGUUUGAUGUUUGAUCCAAAGUACACCAGCUCUUUCAAAUGCAGAACUACGCUGCUGUUUCACUAGAAUAGUUCAUCGACUUCUUUACUUUGCAUCCUGUUUGCUUUUCCCAAGCAUUUGGAGCUCAGCAUAGUUUCCUUUAAAAUGUGCUAUAUUAUGGUAGUUACAUUGAUUGCUCUGUGAGUGGUGGCUGAUUGACUUUGCAUUACUUUUCCAUCACUGAGAUUCCUUUGGUAUAAAAAUGUUGGGGAAGCUGUCAUCCACCCUGCAGCGCUACAUAUCAGCAACUUCCUGCAGAUCUGAUGUGCUGUUUAAAAUUCACCCCACUGUGUGUGAAGCUCUAGCUGUGCGCCGGCCUGUCGUGGCUCUGGAGAGCACCAUCAUCACACAUGGAAUGCCAUACCCUCAAAACCUGAGUACAGCCAAAGAGGUGGAAGACAUUGUGAGAGCUGAGGGCGUGACUCCAGCCACGGUGGCUGUUCUGGAGGGAAAGGUACAUGUGGGCUUGUCUUCAGAUGAGCUUGAUUUCCUGGCCUGCAGUAAAACAACCCUCAAGGUGUCCAGGAGAGACUUGCCUUAUGUUAUCAGCAAGGGUUUGUCUGGAGGAACUACAGUCUCUGGUACAAUGAUUGCAGCUCAUAAAGCGGGAAUUCCUGUUUUUGUUACUGGCGGUAUCGGUGGAGUACACAGAGAUGGAGAAAAUACCCUGGAUAUCAGUGCAGAUCUGACUGAACUGGGUCGCACUCCAAUUGCUGUGGUGUCUUCUGGGGUAAAGUCCAUCCUGGACAUUGGUCGCACCCUGGAGUUCUUGGAAACUCAAGGGGUUUGUGUAGCCACUUACGGAGAGUCAAAGAAUUUCCCAGCUUUCUUUUCUCAUAAAAGUGGAUACACAUCAUCUUAUAAUGUCCUCAAUGCUGAAGAAGCAGCUGAGCUUAUUGCAAGUACACACUCUCUGGGCCUUCAGAGUGGAGUCCUGCUUGCUGUGCCUAUUCCAGAUGAACAUGCUGCUGCUGGACAGCAGAUAGAAGAUGCCAUACAAGCUGCUGUGACUGAAGCCAGGCUGAAGGGAAUCAAAGGAAGAGAUGUGACCCCCUUCAUCCUACACAGAGUCAAUGAGCUCACUUUGGGACAGUCUCUCCGAGCCAAUAUAGCUCUAAUUCAUAAUAAUGCCAGGGUGGGCAGUCAGAUAUCACGUGCCCUUGCUGAGCGCAUGCAUCAUCCACGAGGAGGUUGUAACAGCCACAAGAAUGAGAAUCAGGCCUCCAAAUCUAAAGCUAUUGUCGUUGGAGGUGUAAAUGUUGAUUUCAUUGCUAAAGGAACAAGCAAGAAGUUAUUGUUUGGACAGACAAACCCAGGAAGUGUCUGUCAGUCCUUUGGUGGAGUGGGUAGGAAUAUUGCAGACUGUUUGAGUAGACUGGGUCAAAAAGUUCUGUUCAUCUCAGCCAUUGGAGCAGAUUCGCAUAGUGAUUCUGUGCUCAACUACUGUAAGCACAUGGACACUCAUGCAGUUGCAAGAUUGCAGGGUCAGCGAACGGCCACUUACUGUGCCAUCAUCACAGAGAGUGGAGAGCUGAGUCUUGGACUUGGGGACAUGGACAUUCACCAGGAAAUUAAAGAACAGUAUGUUUCGCAGUAUGAGGACCAGCUUUCCUCUGCGUCUCUUGUGGUUCUUGAUGGCAACAUUCCUGUUUCUACUAUUGAUUAUGUAUGCAGCCUUGUCAAGAAACAUUCAGUUCCAGUAUGGUAUGAGCCCACAGAUGCUGAUAAGGCCUGUAAGCCCUUCGUUUCAGAGAGCUGGAAAGCACUCACUUACACUUCUCCCAACCUGGCAGAACUGUGCACCAUGAACCAGACUCUCUGUCUUCCUACUCCACAGGUGUUACCAAGCUCUCUGGAGGAUGUGUUGGAGUGUGCAGCAGCUCUUUCUCGCCCCCUGCUGGAGCACCUGCACUGUGUAGUAGUGACACUGGGAGCACUGGGAGUGUUGGUCUGUGGAGAGAAUGAGGCUGGAACAGUCAGCCUGCGACCCCGAAAGCACAAACGGAAAGGAAGACUAUGUGCUGUGUACUACCCAGCACUGCCAGUAUGUUCUGAGGAAACGAUCAACGUGUCCGGAGCAGGAGACAGUCUUGCAGGUGCGAUGAUGGCAGGGAUCCUGCAGGGGAAAGACACGGACACCUGUGUGCGAAUGGGCAUCCUUGCUGCACAUCUCUCUUUAUUCUCUCCUCACCCCAUCGCGCCAUCUCUGACCGCAGAUGCCAUCCUCCCAGACAGGGUGCACCUAAAACCCUGGCCCAAGCCAACUCGCAUGUGGAUAGAAUCAUAA